GACAUCAUCUGAAAAGUCAGAAUUGUAGCAGCGCAGCAAAAGAAUUUACGCCAGCCGUAGAAUCUAGAAUUUAUUGUGCUUAUUUGCCCCGUCUACUGUUAUUUCUGCCAUAUAGUGUCGUGUGUCCGCUAUUGUGUGCGUUGUUCUAGCUGAACAAAAUUUUUGUGUUUCGUGUUCCGCAUCCGGUUGUGAACCUCCGCGCCGGAUAGCCCCGUCAAAUGCCCAUCCAUCAGUACCACAGCCACAGUGCACGAUGGCCCUCCCGAAGGUUCAGUAAAUCUUUGUAGAGAGGUUUUUUGGUCAGUUUUUCUAUCUGUAGGGUGACAAACCUCCACAAAAAGCAAAUGAGGACAAACAGUACCAGUGACUAUUCCGACAACAGCAUCGUCAUCAACUAUCACGACAUUUACAGCGACGUUCAACAGAGCACCGACAGUGGGUUGGAUAGGCUAGAAGAAGAAGAGGAACCAAUGAUGUGUAUCACAACGGGCACAGGCAACCCGCCGGCCCCACCGUCCUACAAUCAGCUUCCGGGGACGGAGAUCAUCAGCGCAGGGAGAUCGAGAGUCAGUUCCGGCGGAAAUCAAACCAUAGUCAUAGUUAGCAGUACCAACAAUAGCAACAACCAAAAUUUAACGGCUGUAGGGGGCGGUCCCACCGUGGUGAGGGGGGAUCGAGGGGGCGGCCACAGCAGCGUGAUUAUAGUUCAAAGUGGUCCGAGUACCAGCACCGGGUUCGGACAUCAGGGAAGGCGUGGAGACCCACCGAGCUACGAUGAAGUCAUCAAUCCGGAGGCGCCUCCACCCUCGUAUGAUUCGCUGUUCGGAAGAGUUCGGGAGGCGCACAAAUCGUCCACUGGGAUGAUGGAUUUCCUGAAAAAUGUGGUGAUACUGCUGCUCGGAACCUUGGGCUGCACCAUCAUUCUCGGAAUAACGAUUGUGAUCCCGGUCUGUAUGAUCGUGUUCGGAUUCGUCUAUCUCUACGAUUGUCCGCAGGGAGAAUACAUUCCGGUGUACCUGUUGGUGGGUGGAGGUUUUGGGGUGCUAAAACAGUUGCUUCAUCUGUCGACACGUGUUCGCAGCCGGGAGGAUCAGGAACUGGAAAGGCUGCGCCAAAGUCCAACCCAAACGUUGAUCAACUGUUUCAUGCUGGGCUGGUUCAUCAUUGGAUCAUUUUGGAUCUACCGCAUUUAUGAACCGAACUACGAUCCGGCCCUGGGUAAAUACUGUAAUAAGUCCUUGUACCUGUUCACUUUCUGGUUGAUUACGUCUGUCUACAUGGCGUUGGGAUUCAUAACGGUGGUUCUGUGCGGCGUGAGCCUCAUUAGCAUAGCAAUCCACCGAAGGACAUAACAGUUAAAUGUACUGUUUGAAAUGUGAGGGCAAAUGGACCACUGAGAACCACGGGUACAGGAUAGUGUACGUGAAGUGAGAUUGCUGGUUGGAGAGAGAAUGGAAAGAUUUGCAGAAAACACAGUUUUGAAAAUGGCACCGUAUAGAAUGAUGCUUUUAUAUUUAUACAAAUUAAUAUAUACGAAAAGAUAAUCACAUCAGCAAUUUUUGAUGGCUUGACAAAAUCUGUGUAACACAACCACCAAGCCAAUAUAUAAAAAAAUACACUGAAUUUUGAUCAGCUGUGCAUAUUUUUGGACACCAAUCCAAUAAUUUACCAAAAUAAAAUUUCAUGCAAAACUAAGAGACAGUAUUUUUCACGCUUCUGCCCCUUUUUACUAACUGUUAAAUAAUCAGCAUAUUCGGCAGGAUUGGAUAAAGAUUGGUAAGAGAGGUUUUCUUGCAGCUUUCGAUGUGCCAUAAAGUUUAAACGAACAAACGAAUUGAGACCCCACGAGAAAUAAAAUGGAAGAUAGAAAAGGGCAAAGAAUAUCUAAACCUACAAAAUUUUGCACUCGAUUGGGGCGAUUAUAAUUUAACUGUAUCCGUCUCGCAAAGCUCUCUUGAAUGGAGAAGUCAGCAGCCAGAAAUGUUCCCACUUCUGUAGGUUAUUUUUAUACACUUCAAGAUACACCUAGCUCUUUUAUAAACCUAAGCCUAGGAUUUAGUUAGCGUUAUGUAUAUGCAAAUCCAUCCAACAGAUCAAUCCGAAAAUCAAAAUAAAGCUUAGUUCUUUUAGAAAUGGGACAGUUUCGAAUGCCUGUAUCUCAAAAACCAUUCGUUUGAACGAAAUACUUUCUAUGAAGAAAAAGAAGGCAAUGUUAUGAUCUUUCAUGAAAAAAUUUGAAAAAAAAUAUUUACCGUUUUUUGUUAAAGAAAUUUCUACUUUAUUCUUGGUAUCUCCCAUUGGCCGGCGCACACUUUUUUCAGUCAUGGUAUUGAUCAGUUUCUCCAACUUAUACUUCUUAAAAUCUAUAUUUUAGGUGGCUUCACCUUCCUUCUUCAAUUUCUGAUACUUUUUGGUCCAAUACUUCCCUGGAAACUGGAAACUGGAAGCAUUCUAGUGGAUACAGUUGUUUCGAAAUGAACAAAUUUGAUUAUUUUUGACCACAUUUUUAAACGUUUUUUUUUUCGGUACCGGUUUUACAGCUUAAGAGCUUUGGAACUAUCAAAAAAUGGUUGUUUGAGGUUGGAUUUCAAUGAGUCAUCAUUAGGCAACACUUUCAGCUUAUCGGAGAAAAUUGUUUUGGACAUUUCAGCGAUCUACCCUUAGUUUUUCGUUUAUUGAAAAUUAAAAAUGCUGGUAUGAGACUUGCAUUCCUUGAUGAUCCUUAACCGUUGUUGCCGAUCAUCUGCUUCACUCCAAUGCUUGAUUUGAACUUUGUGGACAUUAUUCACAGUGUUUGCAUACUUAUCCACCACAAAAACUCAGUAAUUCUUUGAAUAAUCAACGGUUUUGUCAGCUAUCAAUUUGAUAAUGACGAAUUUUAUAGGAAACUGGGCAAAAUUAUUUUUUUCUUUUUCUCUUGCAUCGUACAUAUCUCAAAAACGCGUAAAUUUUAAAUUUUGAAAAAAAUAGGUCGAAUAGUACUUUUUACAGGCAACAAAAUGCUGUUAAAAUUUUUAAUAUCCAAUAACUAGUUAACGAGCUAUUAGCAAAUGAAAGUGUCCCAUUUCUAAAAGAACUAAGCUUUAGGAUUAAAUCAAACUAAGAUAAUAUGUUCACUGCAGUUCAUUCAUAAAAACUGUUAAUGAAUUCAGAAUUCAAAAAUUUACAUUUUGGUAGAUAGAAUACAGUGAUUUUUCAUUGUUCAUCUUUUAAUUUCUAAUGUAAAAGUCAAAAGUAUUACACACGAAAUUUUUCUAUCGAAUUAAUUCCGCAUUGUGUGAUGUUUAUCUAAAUUUGUAUAACAGGUAGUAGUACUUAUUGUUUGAUAUACAAUUUGGUUCGAAAAUUCAUAUUAGAAGUUCAACGAAGUUAAUUCAAUCGACAAUUUAUCUGUACAUCAAUCAUACCACAUAUAAACUUAAAAUAAAAAAAUAAUCGGAAAGUGAUACAAAAAAAACGACUAGUUGGUAAAUGAAUUUCGAAUUUCACUCAUUUAUUAUUAGUUUCAAACAUGUCAAGCAACAUUGAUUGGAACGAUCGACGCACAUAUUACGUUACAGUUAUUCAUUUCACAUCAUUUACUUACGUUGUAAAUUAAAUGUACGAACUUUUCUUUCAUAAAAAAGCGACAAAGAAUGUUAACCUUUAAAUAUCGAAAGGUCCUGUUUAACCCAACUGCCCUUUCGUUCUGUUAGACGCUAUUUAAUUUGGAAAAGAUCACGUAAUAUGAGAAAAUAUUAAAUAAGCAUACAAACUUAAGGGGUACCACAUCAUUUACCUACCACAAUAUUAUUUAAGUAAGGAACAUUUUGCCUGCAGCAUGUAAACAAUUCAAAUUAUACCAAAAACCAUGAUAAAAUUAUAGAAUCACGAUGGUCCACAUUGCGCAACAAAUUUACAAAACAAUACCAAUGAUCUUACAAUCAUCUCUUUGCAAACUUGUACGAUCAAUCCUAACAGUUUUUCCUACCAGUUAUAACCUGCCAUGGGAAAUAAACUUGAUUAUUGAAGAAG